CUCACCUUUCCUCCUCUCCCUCUGAGGUACAAAUACCGAGAGGAGGUCUGGGCCUCCUGCUCGGAGACUGAGGCCGGCUGAGUGUGAACCUAAACAAUUAUCAUACACAGCCGUGCAGGCGUCUAACAACGAGUAUCUCCCUCGAAGAAACUGAGAAAAAUAAGACAGAGUCAAGAGGAGCUUCUGCAUGAGACACGUCUUGGAGCAGUAUGGAAGACAUAAGGCAGAAACAGCAGAGGCCAUCAGUGCUGCGCCAGGUUUCCCAAACCGCUUCCAGUCAACCCCACGAAAAUAAUGCAGUCGUCUUCAUUUGCAAGGAAGAGGUGGAUGCAGACUCUCUUCCCCAGUCUUCCUCAUCACACAUGGGCUCUUCCUCUCCCAGGCAGAAUCAUCACUUCCUCCCAGUGAGGAGAGAUGUUCAUGUUCAGAACUCCAUGGAGGCCAGGAUUCAUGAUGGCAUCUCAGGCAGGACCACUGCUCUGUCUGUGGGGGGGCUCUGCCGCUGGCCCGGCUGUGAUGUGCUGUCUGAGGAUUUCCCCUCUUUCUUAAAGCACCUCCACUCUGAACAUAGUCCUGGUGACAGGAGCAUCGCUCAGUGGAAGCUCCAGCAAGACGUCGUCCAGUGCAUUGAGAGCCAGCUCAUCCUGGAAAAACAGAAGCUCAUUGCAAUGCAACUUCAUCUACACCUCUCUGAACACAAACACACUGAUUUGGCAGCGUCUCAAUGGCCGUACAGCCUGCGUCUGUUCCUGCCCCAGCCCCCGGGCACAGAGGGAGACAGAGUGCAACAGUGGAGCAUCAAACAUCCAGAGGGGAGGGGGGGGCAGCACGGCCCCAGAGCUCCUGCCUCUGCCCACCUGCUGCCAGAUUUGGUUCCAAGUAUUGAAUGCUACAAAUACAACAACAUCAGGCCUCCGUACACCUAUGCGUACUUGAUAAGAUGGUCCAUCCUGGAGUCUACUGACAAACAGUGCACGUUGAAUGAGAUUUACAACUGGUUCACGACCAUGUUCUUCUACUUCAGACACAACACUGCUACCUGGAAGAAUGCAGUGCGGCACAACCUCAGCCUGCACAAGUGUUUUGUGCGCGUGGAGGGAGGAAAGGGAGCCGUGUGGACAGUGGAUGAAACAGAGUACCAGAGGAGGAAAGGACACAAGUAUCACAGGGACUGUGCAGUGAAGUGGAUCUCGCCAUACUCCCAUUACUGUGUGGAGGAGCCCUGAUGAGCAGCAGGUGGCAGCACUGAGGGCCGCUCAGAGUUAGACAGAACUGCAUGAGAAACAGAAGAAUCUGUUGCAUCUUUUCACUUUGUAUUUUUUUCUAAUGAAUUGUUAAAAAACAUGUAUUCUUUGUAAGUUUAAGAUGUGUUGUACACAUAUCUGACAGCAGUUUUUAUACUCACUGAAUUGUAAAUAAAGUGUUGCA